GUCUGCGCGAGCGAGUGGAUGGAUAAAAUUUGUAGCUGCAGGAAAAUGGCUAGAAACAUCGUACCGCUAAAAGGUGUUUGAAGAAGCAGAUCUCCUGUCUUACCUAUUGUCACCAGUGCUGACUACAAACUCUACGUACAUGGCACCCUCAAAUUGACACCAUGGCCCAGAUAUCCAGUGGUAAUGGGUUCAAGCUGGACGUGGCCCAGCCCAUGGGGGUUGUGGGUAAGGAGGAGGCCCUUCGCAUGGAGGCGGAGGCCUUAGCGAAACUACAAAGGGAGAAGAGACACACGCUCACGGCGACCACCACCUUCUCUUCCACCUCCUCUUCUUCUGCUUCCUCUAAAAAUAAACUCCCCACCACCGCCGCUCCAAGGCCCACUCCUUCCUCCAGCAGCCGACCAGAGAAGGACCUCAUCGUCUUCCCCGAGGCCAAGAAGCAGGCGGAGAAGGACAAGUUCCGGGACAUCGACGUGGAUAAGCUGACCAAUGAGGAGCUGGAGAAGCUCCUGCUGGACGACAGCUUCGGGGCCAACAGCCGCAAGGCCUCGCGGCCCUCCUCGCUGCUGGGCUUCAACCUCAGCGCCUCCUACCCGGGGGGCCAAGCCACCUGCAGCCCCUCUCCCUUCCCCAACGGCCAGUGGACGCCCUCCAUGCUCUCCACGCCCUCCGGCUCCGGCGUGUCCACACCAAACCACCAACAGGCUCCCAUGUUCCCCACUGCUCCGUUUCCCAAGCCCCAGACCUGCUCCUUCCAGAAAGGCUUUUCUCCAGCCAUGCCGCCCUACAUGGGCUUGCCUGGCCCGCAGACCUCCUUCAUGGCCUUCACUCCUAUCCAGCAGCCCGGAGCCAUGGUGUUCCAGCAGCCCACCGUCACCCCGGAGAUGGCCAAGCUCUUUGACAAGAUCCACAGCACCUCAGAAUACUUGAAGAACGGCAGGUCGGCCAGUACUGACCUGGAUGCUGCCCCGACCAGUGCCGUGUCGCUGGCGCCCAACCCACCGCCACCUGCCGUGGAACCACUUGCAGUCAGCCGCUUUGAGUGGCUGGACCUGGACCCGCUCAACAAGUGCAAAGCCGAGUGUGAGGAGGGCACCUCACCGAGCGGCACCGUGAAGGUGGUGGGAGGGCCAGCCGGCGGGGACCCCUGGGACGCUGUGCUGCUAGAUGAGACGGAGGGAGGGGCUGGCGGCAGCAGUCCACCAACUGAGGUGAAGGGUCAACUCGCAGGUCGCUCUCAGCCUCGGCAGUUGUCGGUGGGGGCGGGGGUCACCAGGAGCCACUCCCUCACCAUCCCAGAGUCCUCGUCCCAGCACAAGCCAAACAAUCAGCACGAUAAGGGAACUGGGAGAGUACUGUACACCGCCCUAGAGGAGAAGGAAGCCCAGAACCUAGAAGUUGUAGCCUUCUGUGAAGACGUAGCAAUACUGAGGUCAAGGUUCGCCCAUGAUGACCUCCACACCAACCCGGGGUACGUGCUGAGUGCAGUCAUCCCUCAGAGGGACGGGGGCGGGGACAAUGGCUGUAGCGUCAAGGUGUCCAUCGAGAUCUCAGAGUCCCAGGAGCCUGUCACCUUCACCUGCGAUGUGAGUUCUCCUGUGGAACUCCUCAUCAUGCAGGCCCUAUGUUGGGUUCAUGACGACCUCAACCAGGUGGACAUCGGCAGCUACGUCCUCAAGGUCUGCGGCCAGGAGGAGGUGCUGCAAAACAAACACAGCCUGGGCAGCCAUGAGUAUGUACAGAACUGCAGGAAGUGGGAGGCAGAGAUCAAGCUCCAGCUGCUCUCCCAGAGCACAAUGAGAAGGGAUCUGGCACGAACGGCGGAAGACGACACCUCUCCGGUGGACUUGGAGAGGCACCUGAGCCAAGUGGAGAGGCCAUUUAAGGAAAACAUCACCAGACGAGGCCUGGCCGACUAUCUGGAAGGCUAUCACAAUCAAGUCAACAUCUGCCUGCAGAAUGAGAGUACCCAGUAUAAGACGGUGGAUGGGGUGGUUCAGACGGUGAAGAACCUGUGCUGUGCCCUGGAUGAGGUGGAGACCCAGGCCAUCACGGAGGCAGUAAAGAGAGUCAAGCGCUCAGUCAACCUCCCCAGGACACGCUCACCAGAGGUGGGCUCCAAAUCCUCAGGUAGCUCGGCAAAUGGUCACCUCAGCCCCGUAGAGGAGAGCAUGGGCUUCCUGACGGACGCCGUCUAUGACCUGGCCAAGCUCUACCUGCGCUCCUUCUGCCCCGCCUCCUCCUCCUCUAGCUCCUCCCCUGACCCCUCCUCCUCCAUCUCCUCCCCUGACCCCUCCUCCUCCAUCUCCCAGCAUGCCGAGGGGGAGUCUCCUGCGGAGGGGCGUAGCAGUAAGGAGGCUUCGGGUACCACGGACCACCUGCAGUUCACCCUGUUCGCCAUGCAUGGCAUCCCUGCCGCUUGGGUCAGCAGCUAUGAGAAGUACUACCUGAUGUGUGCUCUAACGCACAACGGCCGGAACCUGUUCAAGCCCAUCCAGUCCAAGAAAGUUGGCACCUACAAGAGCUUCUUCUACCACAUCAAAUGGGACGAACUGAUCAACUUCCCCAUGGCGGUGGCCCUGCUUCCAUUGGAGUCCAUGCUGACUCUCUCUCUCUUCGGGGUCCUGAACCAGAACGCCAGCGGCUCCCCAGACUCCAACAAACAGCGCAAGGGACCAGAGCUGCUGGGCAAAGUCUCCCUGCCCUUGUUUGACUUCCGACGGGUGCUUGUGAGGGGGACCAAGCUGCUGUGUCUGUGGACGUCUCCUCAGGCUUCCUCUGCUGCAGCCGGGAUCCGGAGGAAGAACCUGGCUGAGAAGAUCAUACUGCAGUUGGACUUCCCCAGCCCAGCAGUGGAUGUGCUGUACGUGGGUCCCCGGGAGAGCCCCAGCCCUGACCCCAACACCCUGGAGGAGCUAGACCCUGACCUGCGUCGCCAGGUGGACAAACUCUGCAGCCGAGCCUCGACCUUCGGGUUGACGCGGGCCGACCGCCAGCUGCUGUGGGAUCAGCGGCACCACUGCCGGACCCACACCCACAGCCUGCCCAAGGUGCUGGCCAGCGCCCCCAGCUGGGACUGGGGCAGCAUGGCUGAGAUCCACUCCCUACUCCAUCACUGGCCCUCGCUCCAACCCGUCUGUGCCCUGGAGCUGCUUGACUCUAAGUUUGCUGACACAGAGGUGAGGAGUGUGGCUGUCAGCUGGAUCGAAUCCACCAGUGAUGACGAGUUGGCAGACUACCUGCCUCAGCUAGUGCAGGCCCUGAAGUUUGAGUGUCACCUAAAGAAUGCCUUGGUGAUAUUCCUACUGUCCAGAGCACAGGGCAACGUCAGCAUCGCCCACUACCUGUACUGGCUACUGAGAGAUGCAGUGCAGGACCCAGCGUUUGGCCGGAGGUACGACCAGGUGCUGGGGGCCCUGCUGUGUCUGUGUGGGGCCGGCCUCCGGGAUGAGCUGGACAAACAGACCCGCCUGGUCACUCUGCUGGGGGCGCUGGCCGAGAAGGUCCGGCAGGCCGGGGGCUCCACACGACAGAUGGUGCUCCAGGAGGGUCUGGAGAGGGUGCAGUCGUUCUUCCAGAGGAACAGCUGCAGACUGCCCCUCAGCCCCAGCCUGGAGGCCAAACAACUCAAUAUCAAGUCGUGCUCCUUCUUCAACUCCAACGCGGUGCCCUUGAAGCUGGCCCUGGUGAACUCCGACCCUCUGGGAGAGGAGAUCAACGUCAUGUUCAAGGUGGGAGAGGACCUGAGGCAGGACAUGCUGGCUCUGCAGAUGAUCCGGAUCAUGGACCGCAUCUGGCUUCAGGAGGGACUGGACCUGCGCAUCGUCAACUUCAAAUGCAUCUCCACCGGGAAAGACAACGGUAUGGUGGAGCUGGUGCCGUCCUCCGACACCCUGAGGAAAAUCCAGGCGGAGUACGGAGUGACGGGCUCCUUCAAGGACAAGCCCCUGGCGGAGUGGCUCCGCAAGUACAACCCUGCUGAGGACGAGUACGACAAGGCUUCGGAGAACUUCAUCUACUCGUGCGCGGGCUGCUGCGUGGCCACCUACGUGCUGGGUAUCUGCGACCGCCACAACGACAACAUCAUGCUGCGCUCCACCGGUCACAUGUUCCACAUCGACUUUGGCAAGUUUCUGGGCCACGCCCAGAUGUUCGGCAGCUUCAAAAGGGACCGUGCUCCAUUUGUGCUUACCUCUGACAUGGCCUACGUGAUCAACGGGGGAGAGAGGCCCACCAGUCGCUUCCAGCUGUUUGUGGACCUGUGCUCCCAGGCCUACAACCUCAUCCGCAAACACUCAGGCCUCUUCCUCAACCUGCUCUCCCUGAUGACGUUGUCAGGCCUACCAGAGCUGACAGGAACUCAGGACCUAAAGUAUGUAUACGACGCUCUGCAGCCCCAGACCACCGAUGCAGAGGCCACCAUCUUCUUCACCAGGUUGAUCGAAUCCAGCCUGGGCAGCGUGGCCACCAAGUUCAACUUCUUCAUCCACAACCUGGCCCAGCUGCGCUUCUCUGGCCUGCCGUCCAACGACGAGCUCAUCCUCUCCUUCUCCCCCAAGACCUAUACACUGAAGCAGGAGGGGCGCAUCCGCGAUGCCUCCAUCUUCUCCUUCCAGAAGAGAUACAACCCCGACAAGCACUAUACGUACGUGGUGAGGCUCCUGCGAGAGGGACAGAGCGAGGCCCAGUUUCUCUUCCGCACCUUCGAUGAGUUCCAAGAGCUCCACAACAAGCUGUGCAUCCUCUUCCCUCUGUGGAAGCUGCCAGGGUUCCCUAAUAGAAUGGUGCUGGGCCGCACCCACAUCAAGGACGUGGCAGCCAAGAGGAAGAUUGAGCUCAACGGUUAUGUUCAAAACCUGUUGAGGAGUUCCACAGAGGUCACCCAGUGUGAUCUUAUCUAUACAUUCUUCCAUCCGAUCGCAAGAGACGACAAGACGGAAGGAUUGGAGGCGACGGCCAGAGCACCAGAGGCGCCACCGUUGAGUCCCACCUCAGGCAGAGUUGAGGGGGAGGUGAAGCUAUCCGUGUCCUACAGGAACAGCACACUCUUUAUCAUGGUCAUGCACAUCCGAGACCUGGUAUCUGAGGAGGGGACAGACCCUAACCCCUAUGUGAAAACCUACCUGCUCCCAGACCCCCACAAAACCUCCAAGCGCAAAACAAAGAUAUCCAGGAAGACCAGGAACCCCACUUUCAACGAAAUGCUGGUGUACAGUGGCUACAGCAAGGAGACCCUGGGGCUGCGGGAGCUGCAACUGAGCGUGCUCAGUGCCGAGUCGCUGAGAGAGAACUGCUACCUGGGCGGCGUCACGCUCACACUCAAAGACUUCGACCUCAGCAAGGAGACUGUCAAGUGGUACAAGCUGACCGCCGUGCCCUACUUCUAGACGACUCCACCUGAGAACAACGCUGCUUCUCGCCUCUCUUAGAAAACUCCCGAGAUACACCCAUAUAAGGGCAACGGAACUGGGAACUGGCCACACCCCCCAGGGUGGUGCCUCAAAUCCACCCCCUUCCUCCUCAACCUCAAGGCCCUGUCCAGAAACCCCUCCUAGCUCCUUAAGGCCUGUCCAGAAACCACCCCUAGCCCCUUAGGUCCUGUCCAAUAACCUCCUAUAGCCCCUUACCCCCUUAGGUCCUGUCCAGUAACCACCCCUAGCCCCUUACCCCCUUAGGCCCUGUCCAGUAACCACCCCUAGCCCCUUACCCCCUUAGGUCCUGUCCAGUAACCACCCCUAGCCCCUUACCCCCUUAGGUCCUGUCCAGUAACCACCCCUAGCCCCUUACCCCCUUAGGUCCUGUCCAGUAACCACCCCUAGCCCCUUACCCCUUAGGUCCUGUCCAGUAACCACCCCUAGCCCCUUACCCCUUUUGGCACUUCAUGUAGAUCCUAAAGAAUUAUAAGCAAUAUGGUUGUAGCACCGACCUUUCAGCUCUACACAAGUGCCUAAGAGAUAGAUAGGGGCUAGGGGUUGAUUCUGGUUGGGGCCUUUCUCGCUCUCUGUCUCUCCCUCUCACUAAUCAAGUUUGUUUCCUCAUUGUAGCAAACAAUCUCCACUUAUUUUGUUUGUUCAAAAACUAUAACACAGGAGCUGUAAUGUUUUGUACAUUUUGACAUUCGAGGACCAAAACAUCUUAGCUUCAGAAGAGUGUGUAUAUAGGUUGACACUUCUUUUUUUUUUUUGUUGAAGUGGCUCAUUUUUACAUUAUUUUUUUCCUACGUAAACAAAUAGGAAGCGUCUGGUUUCCUGCUAAGCUAGCUGAGAACGUCUGGGAACGUACCCAUCACAAACCAGUCUCCAGGAAAGAGAGUGAUCUUGUGUUAUCCAAUCACGUGCCAAAAGAACUGAUGAUGAUGGCAAACCACUCUCAAAGGGGAAGCGAACAUGGUGCCUUGUUUGUGUUCACAAUCUCGUAUACACUCCACUUUAGCCUUAUCGCAAUAUAUUUUAUAAAAAAAUUGUGAUAACCCAAUUGAAAAAAAGAAAUCUAUUCUGUCAAAUAAUGUCAACAGUUCUUCCAGUGUGAGCAGGGUUCUGGACUAGCAUCAGAAGGUGUUGGAACGAUCAGCUCCCACUUGUAUGCAUACUACCAUGUAUUUUAUAUGGUAAAUACUUGACUCCUUUUCACUGCACCUUUUUGGGGAUUUGUAUCACGAACAUUCUCUUGUCUGUGCAUUUGAUGGUGUAGGAUAAGGUUGCCUCAACACUGAUCCAAUGCCAGUUUUUCUUUCACCUCCUAUUGGUUUUAAGGGUAGGAUUUGGGGUGGGGUAAGCUGAUCCUAGAUUUGUGCUAUAGGGGUAACUCUGAAUUGGAGCCAUCAGGACAAAAAAAGGGAAAGACAUCCAGGGCAGGAGAUACACUGCUUCCUCUGAGCCGACUACAAACCUAAAGAUGAAAUAAUGAAUUUAUCCGGGAGUGGUUUUAAAGAGAAUGUCAACAAAGACAAUUAUGAUAAGCAUCACUCACACUAUGAAUAGUGACUUGAUCCACUAUUUUAAUGACUGUAUGAUUUUCUAUUAACAUGGCCAGUUAUUUAUUCUUAAUUGGUUACCUUAACCCGAAUGAAUCGGUGUGUACUGUAAUCCCUCUUUCCUAAAGCAAAUUAAAUGUUUUUUGAACAAAGA